GUUGAAUGUAUCUUCAUUCAAACUCCAGUAACAUGCAACGUUUGACUCCAGCCCUCCUCACAAUCCUAUGGCUUCUAGCGUGGCACGGCGGGACUCAAGCCAGUUCCAGAGUCCCUUCCUUUGGGGUGAAGCUAUGUGGGAGAGAGUUCAUACGUGCUGUGAUUUUCACCUGCGGUGGAUCCAGGUGGAGACGAAAUGAGGCUCUGCAAACAGGUGAGUGCAGUCCCUUUUAAUUUUAUUUAUGAACGUAUCCCUUCAGCACCCACAAAAUAUUCAACUUAAUAAAGUAUAAAAAAAUACAAUUUAUAUGUUAAGUUUACAUGUAAUUAAAAAAAAGCUUAAGUAGACUUAAAAUAUCUGUAACGGUGAAUUUCAAUCUUCUUGUUCUGAAACUUUUAUUUUGGAAUCCCAGGUAUACGUCCUCCUAUUUCCUGAUUUGUUUACCAGUUAUAAACAUGUUAUAAAAUUUUACAAAGACACGCAAUGAGCAGCAAUAUAGCACUUUUUUUUCUUCUAAAUAGGUCUGUGUGGUGCCUAAACUCUAGGGCAAUGAUGACUCAGUGUUGCACCCACAAUAUUGCUCAGAUAUAUUUUUCAUGAUGCUAGGACAGAGUUGACUUGGCAUUAUGGGAAAUGACAUCCCUAAGGCAGCAUUGUCUUAAAUCUACUCAACCAUUAUACCAAAAUGUAUUGAGCAUAGGAGCAUCAUCAGGGUACUCCACACAGCUUUGCCUGUUAGUGAAUUCAGGAACAAUGCUCUAGACGGGUCUUUCACUAAGAUGUUUGUUGUUGUGAGAGUAAAAUCAACUUACAAAGUUAAGACCAUAAAAACAAAGAGAGUUUUGCCAAUUGUUGGCUUUGUAUCUAAUUAAUGUACUACUCUUUGUUAACGUGAUCAGUGUUUACAGUUGGACCAUAAUAUUGUUGAGUACUGCUUGAUUAUUUUACAGACAGGUAAUGUUACUUACAGUAGCUGAUCAGGUGCAUGUUAUUGGAACCCUGUGGAUCUAUGAAAUCUGUUUAUAUCUGAUAGGAAAUUGGGGAUUUUUAUGAACAGGCGUAGCUUGCAAAGGCAACAAAUUACUCAUGUACCCCUCAUAAUAGCCCACUUGUACUCACUUCCAUCUAACCAGCCACUCCUUUCAUAUUAUCCCAGCAGUAACCACAAUCAUUUCUUCUUAGGAUGCUUCGGACAAACUCUUACUAACAACCCUCAGCAUCAACGCCCUUCCAUCUUUGUGUCCUAAUCUUUGUUCCGAGUGUCUGUUUCUCUCUCUCCUUUAUUUCAACACCUGUAUCCCAGUCUCCAUCUUAAUUUCCCUACACACACCCAUAAGCACACCUCUCUAGGAUCCCUUCAUCCUAGGACCACCUCCCUCAUCCUUUAAUCUACGUACCUUCAAACACCCAAGCAUUUACCCUAGUACCCCUUUUACCCACUAACCACCAAACACUUUAUCCUGGGAACCAUCUCUCCUCUAGCACCCGAUCCCUUUAUCUUAAGGCCUCUUUCCCUCAGACAUAUAACCCUCCAGUACCCACUAAUUCAUCUUAGAAUUCUCUCUCAGUGCCCAUGGUUUUGUCUUCGGGCCCUCAUCUUCACAUCCACCACCAAUUCCUUCCAUCUUAAGAUGUCCUUUCAUUUCAGCACCCACUGUCUUCAUUUUACUCCAGCCCUGCAUUAAUGGUCCUCUUUCAACCCCAGCACGCACUGAUCCCCAACUGCAUAGGUGGUAUAUCUAUUAUUAUAUCCUUAAUCAUAGGUCAAUCUAGCCAGCAUCAUCCAUGGUGCACUGCAGGUGACCAGCAAAGAAACAUUAGCAGGAGCAAAGCCCGAUUAGUAUCAAGAUCAUCUUGUAACCGUCAAAGCCUUGACGAGAUGACCAUAACCCUAACAGUGAAUGUAAGGAGCACCCACUUAUUAUUAUCACACACACAGCAGGACAAGGCCAAAUGCCAUUCUAGCCUCCAUCCCAUUUUACAAAGGUCCCAGAGACCCCUCACAAUUUUGAGAGAUAUAUACUACGUAAAAUUAUUUUACAUUGUAAGCUUGUUUGGCCAGGACCCUCUUCACCUACCGUUCCUGUAUAUCAAGAGUGUUGUGUUAGAAUUAAUUGUUUGUCCUGCUUUACCUAUUGUACAGAGCUGUGGAAUAUGUGAGCACUAUAUCACUAAUUGUAAUUAUAAUAAUUCUCAAUUUGUUGUAAUUGUCUAAAUAUUUUUUUAUAUACGCUUCUGCAGACACACACUUUAUCACAAAACACCAUUAUGCACAUGUGGAUAUUGAUAAAAAAAUAAUAAUAUAUAUAUAUAUAUAUAUAUAUAUAUAUAUUGAACUAAUUCUGUAUGUAUAAUGUAUUAUUAAUACAUUCCACAGUGAUGGCUCCACUUUUGGAACUUUUCCCCAGAAUUGCUAUUUAUACAUAACAAUGGUGAUUUCUUAAACUAUGGUUCUAGUUGUAGAAGAUGGUAUAACUUAAUGCACGUUAAUGCAUCAUAUGUUUUAUAACUAAUUAUAUAUUCAUACUUCAGGUAUUAAUACUGAUUUUCAUAGGGAAACUGACAUAACUUUACAUUACUUUCUGAGAUAUCUUAUUCCCUUAAACCAGUGCUUUUGAAAAAAUGUAUAAAAGUAAAAAGUACAUUCCAGGUUGCAGUUGUUCACUUUUCCAUAUUUUAUUAAAAUUAAUUAUAUGGAUAACACACAAAAAAAAUGCAAAAAAAGACUACUUAACUUUGAAGUUCCUUUAUUUAUAGAAAAUCCCCAACCUGUAGAUUUAUGUGUCCAAUAUGGUUAGGGUUAUAGGCACACACUAAGCACCAAAACUACUACAUCUUAAUGUUGUGGUGAUGGUGGGAAAUAUAACAUAUCCCAACAGUCUGGCAAAUGUUUGUGAGAAUCUUUACAUCUGCAAGAGAACACACAUCUAGCGAAUGUCAGACUGCCACUAAAAAUGUAGACCUUUAAAAAUCAAAGGUUUUCAUGCCCGGCCUUUUGACAUUGAGCGCUGGUAAUUUUUGUUGAUAGAGAAGCAUUGGGAUAAUUGUCAGAGUGCACAUUUGCUGCACAUGCAGGUAGGUCACUAGUGUUUUCCCAUGAGAAACGUUGGAUUGGACCAGAGAUCAUCAGAAUUAUCUUACAGCGGAUGGAGAAUCUUCCACGACAAGACCGGGGCUACGUUUUUUAUUUUCACCAUAGGGGAAAAUCCUAAAAGUUAAAAGGAGGACUCGAGAGUUAGGAGUACCCCAAUGUACCCCACAAUCUAAAUUUGUAUAAUUACAGUUCAAGGUGCUCUGAUGUAAUAACACACCAAGCUAUUACAGCACUCUGCUCUUAUAAAUGCCCCUAUAUUAUAUUCUUAUAUUAUAUCCAUAUUAUUAAUGAAACUCGCUAUUUUAAUAUCCACUUAUUUAAUGUCUCCUGGUCUUCUGUGUACAUAUUCUCAGAAGGGUCCGUUAACAAAGAUUGUUCCUACUUUUCUUAAUAAUCUGGCAUAAACAAAUAGAGUCAAUGAUUCUGCAAAACACAUUUAAAGGGAUAUUCCAAGCACCACAACCACGUCAAUGAUUGGAAGUGGCUAUGGUGUCUCUACUCUCUAUGUGUAGCUUUUCGCUUUGGAACAGUGCACAUGCAGAGUUUAACCCCUUUGGUUAACUCCACCUCUCGCAACAUUAUAGUGGUGUCAUUAGCCAGUCCUGAGUUUUAGUGCACUCCUGUGAAACAAGCAGAGGCCUCUACCACCUCUGCCUAAACCCAGCCCUCUGAAACAGUCUCUUUGGUAGUGUUUGUGAGCGUCAUGAGUGUGUUAGUGUGUAAUUUGUAACCCCCUUCUUGCUCUCUUUUUAGGGGACCCAGCAGAGAUCUUCGGCAGCCUGGUCCAGAGUGAUGUGGAGUCUGAGGAAGAAGACAUUUUCAGCGAUUGGCAAGGCAGCCUGAGACCUCACCACAGUGAAAUAAUGGACUAUGGAAAUCCCCAGAGUUGGAGGGACCCCUCGGGAGGCCGGCGUGGUGCAGCAGCAUCUGAGGAUGCCCUGAGAGGGGUGGAAAGGAGAGGGAGGGAGGCAGCACUGGGCUUGUCUAACACAUGUUGUAAAUGGGGGUGUAGUAAGAGUCAGAUCAGCUCCUUGUGUUAAAAAAAAAACAUUUUGGGGCAUGGGGAGUGGGGUGGGCAGGGUCGGUGUUAUUGUUUGCUAUGAAAUAAA